CUCCCCUUUCCCUCCCCGCUCCUUCCUUUCCCCUCCCUCUCCGUUCAUCUUUCGCAGGACAAAAGUUUGACGGCUGCUAAAAUAAGAUUGACACGUGAAAAUUGGCUUGAUUGGAAUUUAUUUAUUUAUCAACUCUCAACAUGCCUUCUGACUCUAAAAAGAAACAGGCUGCAAAGAAAAAGGAUCAGGCAAAGGCAAGAGCAGCACCAGCCAAGAAGCCUGAGCAAAAUGGGGCCAGCAAUGGAGUCAAUGGAACCUCCAAAGAAGCUAGGGAAAUGACAGUGGAAGAGGCCCUGUGUGCAAAGUUGGAGGCUGAUGCUAAAUUGAAUGCAGAAGCAAGGUCUUGCACAGGAAGUCUUGCCACAUACCCUCAGAGUAGGGAUGUCAAAAUAGACAAUUUUUCAAUCACUUUCCACGGCUGUGAGCUCAUUCAUGACACCUUGCUUGAGUUGUCAUGUGGACGUCGGUAUGGUCUCUUAGGCCUCAAUGGAUGUGGUAAAUCCACUCUUCUUUCUGUCCUGGGUAACCGUGAAGUUCCUAUCCCAGAGCAUAUAGAUAUUUUCCAUCUCUCCAGAGAGAUGCCUGCUUCAGAAAAGACAGCCCUUCAGUGUGUCAUGGAAGUUGAUGAAGAAAGAGUCCGUCUUGAGAGACAGGCUGAACAGCUAGUAGCCAAUGAAGAUGAUGAUUCGCAGGAGCAACUUAUGGACAUUUAUGAGCGUCUUGAUGAAAUGAGUGCCGAUACAGCACAAGCUAGAGCAGCUCACCUUCUUCAUGGUCUUGGUUUCACAAGGGAAAUGCAAAACAAGAUGACCAAGGAUUUUUCUGGUGGUUGGCGUAUGCGCAUUGGCCUGGCAAGAGCGUUGUAUGUUAAGCCUCACCUCCUAUUGCUGGAUGAACCCACUAAUCACUUGGAUUUGGAUGCCUGUGUGUGGUUGGAAGAAGAACUUAAAACGUACAAGCGAAUUCUUGUGAUCAUUUCACAUUCUCAAGAUUUCCUAAAUGGUGUCUGCACAAAUAUUAUGCAUUUAGACAAAAAGCAGCUUAAAUACUACACUGGUAAUUAUGAAUCAUUUGUGCGAACCCGCAUGGAGUUGUUAGAGAAUCAGAUGAAGCAGUACAACUGGGAACAAGACCAAAUUGCGCACAUGAAGAACUACAUAGCUCGCUUUGGUCACGGCAGUGCUAAACUUGCCAGACAAGCUCAGAGUAAAGAGAAGACGCUUGCCAAAAUGGUUGCUUCUGGCCUAACUGAGAAAGUUACAAACGAUAAAAUACUCAAUUUCUACUUCCCCUCUUGUGGCACCAUACCACCUCCAGUUAUUAUGGUGCAGAAUGUGAGCUUCAGAUACAAUGACACCACAAGUUAUAUUUACAAAAAUCUUGAGUUUGGAAUAGACUUGGAUACUAGGCUGGCUCUUGUGGGUCCCAAUGGUGCUGGAAAGAGUACUCUGCUUAAGUUGUUGUAUGGUGAUCUGAUACCCACUGAAGGUAUGAUUAGGAAGAAUUCGCACUUGCGUAUAGCUCGCUAUCAUCAGCAUUUGCAUGAACUUCUUGACUUAGAUCUGUCUCCAUUGGAGUACAUGAUGAAGUCUUUCCCCGAGGUUAAGGAACGUGAGGAAAUGAGGAAAAUCAUUGGCCGCUAUGGUUUGACUGGUCGUCAGCAGGUUUGUCCGAUCAGGCAACUUUCCGAUGGACAGAGAUGUCGAGUUGUGUUUGCCUACUUGGCAUGGCAAGCGCCCCACCUUCUUCUGCUUGACGAACCUACCAAUCACUUGGACAUGGAAACAAUUGAUGCAUUGGCUGACGCUGUUAAUGAUUUUGAAGGCGGUUUGGUUCUUGUUAGUCACGACUUCAGACUUAUCAAUCAGGUUGCUGAAGAGAUCUGGAUUUGUGAAAAGGGUACUGUAACCAAGUGGGAGGGUGGCAUUCUUGAUUACAAGGAACAUCUUAAAACCAAGGUUCUCAAGGAGAAUGCUAAAUCAGAGAAGGAACUUGGCCGAAGAAAGUGAUGAAUUUACCUGUGCUUAAAUAAUGCUGAAAAUUCCAACUAACUAAAUCAAUAAAUCAUGAAUGGACUGGGAAUACUUCCUCAUUUUAUCCCUUUUGGAGUGAACUGGUUUCCAAGCUGUAACACUGCUCAGAAAGGAUCUUCGAUUUUACAAAAUCAAACUGUGAACAGUAGAUAACAUGCAACAUGUAGCAUGCACAGAACAUUCAGUACUGGUACUUGUUGGAUUAGAGGUGAUUUGUCUUGUGAGGGUUAUUAUUUGUGGCUUAGUCAUGAUGGUAGUCCUCAUGCUGUGUAAUGUGCCGGAUGUCAGGAGCUGUUCUCGUAAUGUUAUGAUUAUUCAAGUGAUUUUAAGUUACCACUCAUGCAACUGUUUCAUUUACUCCCGCUGGUAAUGCUUGAAAUUGAAUUGAAUUAGUUGUUUCACAAUUAUCAGGAACAAAGAAAUGACUGUCAGGCAAAGUUCUCGCUUACUUGUUUUAAAAACUUGUAGAAAGAAUAUUGGAAGAUGACUUGUGAUGUAGGCACAAUUAUGGUUUCUAAAAUCUAGAUUGGUUGUCUGCACAUGUGCCUGUAACUAUGAUGCCUGUUUUGCCUCUCUUCAUACUAGUUUGGUCUGUGAUCAUAAAUAUCUAGUGCUAAGUGUGUUGUAGAUGUCCCUGAAGACCAAACACCUGCCUGGCAGGAUUUCCAAACAAUGUUGUGUAAUGUAUUUUCUGUUUUAAUGAUGCUGGUCUUGCCAUUUUGAAUGAAAGUGGCUCUGAGCUUUUAUCCAUUAUUCCUGAAGGCUGAACUGUGUUGUUAAAGUUGUAGGUACACGUUGAGUUUUGUAGACUUCAAAGUUUUUCUGAGUCAACACAAUAUUUGCAUACUGAAAUAAUAUUAAUUAAAAUGUUUUGCUGUCAGAUUUGUUGUUGUUGUUACAUCAAAAACUCUUUUAACAGAAAAAUGUUAUGAUCUGUAUACCCCUUUAUUUAAGAAGAAAUAAAAAGCAUAGACAUAAUGGCA